CAUCGACCUAAAGGCAUAAAAGAUAAGUUGUUCUCGUCUGGUAGAAUUGACGAGGUGUAAAAAAUGGGUUUAAAUACUCUUAAUAUUCGUAUUGUUUUGCUGCUUGUGAUUGCGAGUUAUGUUCAGGGAUCUGAAUAUAAAAUAACAGAUCAAGUGUAUUUCGAUAUUCAAGUUGAAGAUGAAUUCCUAGGAAGAAUAGUGCUUGGAUUAUUCGGGGAAGUAGCUCCAAAAACAUGUAAAAAUUUUAAGGAACUUGUAAAAAACGGAGUUAAUGGGAAAACGUACGUUGGCACCAAAUUCCACACGGCUCUCCGAAAAGUAAUGAUUCAAGGUGGUGAUAUCGUGAACAACGAUGGUACUGGGUCAGUGAGUAUUUAUGGUGAAUACUUUGAUGACGAAACCUUUCUAAUAAAACAUGAAUCUGCUGGUUUGCUGGCUAUGGCCAACGUAGGUCCUGAUACAAAUGGUUGCCAGUUCCUAAUAACCACAAUGGCGUGUCCAUGGUUGGAUGGAAAAAAUGUUAUAUUUGGAAAGGUCCUUAAAGGAGCUGGAGUGGUUCACAAAAUUGAACAUAUGAAAACGGAUAUUUAUGAUCAACUUGUUAACCAUAUUUUUAUAUCCAAUGCCGGGAUCAUCGACACCACACCGUUUUACGAGAAAGCAAAGAACUAUGAAUUAACUUUCUGGGCUUGGAUCAAAGCAGGAUGGUUCCCCUUAAGUUUCUCGUUUGCGAUUUUAGGAUUUUUCCAAUUUAUAAUGGCACAGCUAAAUAAAUACGAACUAACGAAGUUAGCGUAAACCAUUUUACCUUUAAGAUUUUUAAUAUUUAUUUAUAUGCUGUAUUUUUAGUUAUUAAUUAAUAUUUUUAUAAUAUAUUAAUUGCUUAAAUAAAAAUUGUUUAAAUAUAAAUAUAAUCACACAAUAUGUAAUUUUUU